CUACUUCCUACUGACUGCCACCUAGUGUCAAAAAAUAAACUAUUUUACUUCUCUCUUCUUCUUUAUAUUUUUUUUCCAAUCAAGUGUAAAAAGACAUGGUUGGACUAGAAAAGGCCUAUUACAGUCUUGAUUUUUUGUACUAAUUUUCAUAUUAACCAGAAAACUAAAGUGUUAUCUAAACAUUAUAUUGUGUUGUGGUAAAACUCCAAUAAAAUGUGGUGGAUGACAGCGUGAAAACGGGUGCUACAACUGACAAGCCCAAGAAUCAACUGUGUUGUACAUAAAAAAUAGGGACUCAAUCCAACAAAUUAUGUUAUUGUAAAUAUAAUCUAAACUACUGUGAUCUCUUAGUGUUGAUAGUGAUUUUUUUACGCAGUCAUAUGUUAAAAGGCAUUUGUGCAAUUGUUUUUUUUUUCUCUUUAUAUAUGGUAUUGAGACACCAUGAGUUCAGCCAGUGCAACUAGUGGGAAGACUCAGAUGCCGCUCAAGCAAAAGGACUUUGAUCUGAUAUGGGGUGAUCUGCAAGAAGGUAUUGAAAAAGUCUACAAGAGACAAUACAUGAGCAAAGAACGAUACAUGGGAUUGUAUACUCACGUAUAUAACUACUGUACGUCGGUACAUCACCAGAGUUCAAGUGGUUCCACAUCGAGUGGACGCAACAGUGCCAGCAACGGUGGUCGUUUCGGUGGCUGCAACUAUGGGAAGAAGCAGAGUGGCCAAGUUCAGGGCGGCGCUCAACUCGUCGGCCUGGAGCUGUACCAGAGGCUGCGGGAGUUUCUCAGGAUUUAUCUCAUUAAUCUGCUACAAAAUGGCGCCGACCUGAUGGAUGAAGAUGUCCUCGCUUUCUAUACGAAGCAAUGGGAAGAAUACCAAUUCUCGUCCAGGGUACUGAAUGGUGUCUGCGCUUACUUGAACAGGCAUUGGGUGAAGCGCGAGUGCGAGGAAGGGCGUAAGGGGAGAUACGAGAUCUACCAGCUCGCCCUUGUGACAUGGCGCGACAACCUAUUCCAGCGUUUGAAUAAGCAAGUCACGAAUGCUGUACUUAAAUUGAUUGAAAGAGAACGCAAUGGAGAGACGAUCAACACCAGACUUGUUUCUGGGGUAAUCAACUGCUACGUAGCUUUGGGUCUGAACGAAGAGGACCCCAGCGCCCGAGGUCAGAAUCUCGCAGUGUACAAGGACACCUUCGAGGCUGUGUUCCUUGAGGACACUGAAAGAUUCUAUACUAGAGAAAGUACAGAUUUCCUCAGAAACAAUCCUGUUACCGAAUAUAUGAUUAAGGCUGAACAACGCCUGCAAGAAGAACAGCGAAGGGUACAGGUGUACCUGCAUGAGACAACCAUGGAGCGGCUCGCCAAGACCUGCGAUCGCGUGCUUAUAGAGAAGCAUCUGGAAAUAUUCCAUGCCGAGUUCCAGAAACUCUUGGAUGGUGAGAAGAACGCGGACCUGGGCCGCAUGUAUAAUUUGGUGGCUCGUAUUCCGGACGGACUGUGCGAGUUGCGGCGGCUGCUGGAGCAGCACAUACACGUGCAGGGGCUGCAGGCCAUCGACAAGUGCGGCGAGUGCGCUCACACGGAUCCGAAAGUAUAUGUAUCGACGAUUCUCGAGGUUCACAAGAAGUACAACGCACUCGUAUUGAUCGCGUUCAACAAUGACUCCGGAUUUGUGGCGGCGCUUGACAAGGCUUGUGGCAGAUUUAUAAACAGCAAUGCAGUUACCAAAGCAGCUAACUCGUCAUCUAAGAGUCCGGAACUGCUGGCCAAAUAUUGUGACCUGCUGCUUAAGAAGUCCAGUAAGAAUCCCGAGGAGGCUGAGCUGGAAGACACUCUCAACCAAGUGAUGGUUGUCUUUAAAUACAUUGAAGAUAAGGAUGUAUUCCAGAAGUUCUACAGCAAAAUGUUGGCGAAGCGGCUCGUUCAACACAUGUCGGCUAGCGACGACGCAGAGGCAUCAAUGAUCUCAAAAUUAAAACAGGCUUGCGGAUUUGAAUACACCAGCAAAUUACAGAGGAUGUUCCAGGAUAUUGGAGUAUCAAAGGACCUGAACGAAAGCUUCCGCAAACACAUGGCGAAGAAUUCUGAACAACCGCUCCACAUUGAUUUCAGCAUUCAAGUGCUAUCGUCUGGUUCCUGGCCUUUCCAGCAGUCUUCGUCCUUCCAGCUGCCUACAGAGUUGGAGCGGUCUGUGCACAGAUUCACUUCGUUCUACUCGUCGCAGCACAGCGGACGGAAGCUCAACUGGCUCUAUAACAUGAGCAAGGGCGAGCUUGUCACCAACUGUUUCAAAAACAGAUACACACUGCAGGCGAGUACCUUCCAGAUGGCAGUCCUUCUACAGUACAACGACAAUACCGCGUGGACCGUCCGCCAGUUGGAGCAUCACACAGGGAUCAAGGGUGACUUCCUUCUGCAGGUAUUACAAAUACUACUGAAAGCGAAGUUACUCGUCUGCCAUGAUGACGAGUCGGAGCUCACAGAAUCAUCCGUCGUGGAAUUAUACUUAGGAUAUAAGAAUAAAAAGCUUCGCGUCAACAUCAACAUACCUCUGAAGACAGAGCUGAAAGUGGAACAGGAGGCGACACACAAACACAUCGAAGAAGACCGGAAGAUGCUAAUACAGGCGGCUAUAGUGAGGAUAAUGAAGACCAGAAAGACCCUGAAACACCAGCACCUGGUAGUCGAGGUCCUCAAUCAACUGUCGUCGCGGUUCAAGCCGCGAGUGCCUGUCAUUAAGAAAUGUAUCGACAUCUUAAUAGAGAAGGAAUAUUUGGAACGCACUGAGGGUGAGAAGGACACGUACAGCUAUUUGGCGUGAUUGGCCACUCGUCGGCACACUCAAUAUAAUUAUAUGAUAAAUGAAAUAUA